AUGUUUCUUGGUGCAGCUAUGAUUCAGCUAUGCCAAAUCUUCCGUAUACUCAGUCUGAGUGACUUUUUGUUAGGCCACUUAACCGCGAAUUCGCGACAUCGGAAUGGGGAAAUCGACGAUCUAACGGAAGAAUUUCACGGCGAAGUAGCGGAUCUGCGAAAUCAAGUGAAGGAGCAUCACACGGAGCUCACCGGACGAAUGGAUUCAAUGGAUAACAAAUUUUCCGAGCUCAAUGCGAACAUGUCACGGAUAUCGGAGACACUAGCUCAGCUCGUGGCGCAACGAUAA